GACGUAUGGGUGUCAGUUUGCAUGAUCGGUUGACUCGCAGUUAGACGUCGAACGACGCUUCGUUUGAUUGUUGUCGUAGCAGCCGUUUUAUUUUAGUCAAGAUUUUAUAAUCGAGAUUCUUUUGUAGGAACCAUUUGCAAGUGUUUUGAAGUACUGUUUCACUCCGGGGAUAGGUUUGCAGCAAGCGAACUGUAGACAGAAGGUUCAAAUGCUAAACGUGUAUAAUUGCAGAAUGAUUUAUAUCGCGUUACGGUUUCCUUGUCGUUUAUGAGAAUAUCAUUUUCGAAUUUGGAGUGACAAAGCUGUUGGAAGAACCGCGGUUCCGAGACAAUAGAACGCUGUCUUCCCCAGAGACGUUAGGACUACAGAUUCGCUACCUGUGCCACGUGAUCAAUGGGUCGCCGAGCAAUGGUAAAUAAAAUCUGGUGCCAAGAUGUGGUGAGGAAGUUGUUCCACAGGAAGGAAGAGCCACUGCCGCACGGGCGACUGUUCUCUGAGCCAAAGUGUCAGAAACACGUCGCGACAUGGUACCUGCUUUACCGUGGACUGAUCUUCGCCGCUUGGGUUACCAUCAUGGUGUGCUCGAUCUUCCAAUUCGGCACCGUCUCCACAACGAUCUUGGACAAUAAAUGGCCGAUUUUCCUGACCAACUGGGACCUAGUGUUGGGCGUCAGUCAAGCGUUGUUUGGUCUUUUCCUCACGUCGAGAAGAUGGAAACUGCAAAAAGCAUCGGACUUCGACUCGCGCGGUUUAACCUUAGGCUUGACUGAAAAGGUCUACUGGUUUUUGUUCGUCGUGACCAUGAAUACCGCUCUUUGCGUCUCGAUUACUUAUUGGUGCGGCGUUUACGAUCCGAAGAUCCAUCAUUUGGACCCGCUGAAUUAUAUGCUGCACGUCUGUAACAGUAUUCUGAUGAUCAUUGAUUUUGUCGUGACCAGCAUCCCGUUUAAAUUAAAAAAUUUCUGGUGGUGCUUGACGAUAGUGUUCCUGUACGUUACGUUUUCGCUGAUUUAUUAUUUGGCCGGCGGUUUGGACAGGAACGGCCACCAUUACAUUUAUAAGAUACUCGAUUGGAAGAAGCCGUUACAGACCACGUGGGUGUGUAUCGUCGAGGCUGUUUUUACCAUUGUGGUACAUUUUAUUAUAUGCCUACUCGAUGGUGUUAAACAUCGAUUAUACGCGAAAGCUGGUAGAAAGUCAUUCGAUCUGACGCAAACUCCUGUCUCGGAGAAACGGACUGAUAUCGUAUGAAAUUUAGCUGCGGUAGGCGAUUUUCUACGUUACGUCCGCGGAAGAAAUUUUGUAUUACAGAAAUACGUAGUUCCAAGUGUUAUAGUAUCGUUUCUAAGGCAACUUUGUUUUCUUUUUUAUGGUAAAGCACUUAUGAAUAGGGCCUAGUCGAGGGAAAUGCGGUUCCCGGUUUCAUGCUCAUUCGAUGAUAUUUAUCGUUGCGACGAUAAUUAUAGGAAUUGCAAUUUAAUUGUUAAUUUUCCGCGAAACGUUCCUCGCGUGUAUGGUUACAUACGCAGUGCAAUAUAUCGCCUUGAAAUGAAUUUAUGGUAAUAUGCAUGCGUACUCAAACGGCAACGGUUCAUUCAAAUUUAAAUACCGUGUUCGACAUUAGCACACGAUCGUAGAUAAAAAUAAAAGGAUGGAAAUAAUUUUACAAAAGCAAACAAACGUGAAGAGACACUGUGGUUCAUAGUUCCAUUAGUAUAAAUUUUAGUCGUCAGUAUCGAGAUUUGUUAACGAAUAAAAAUAAUGCGAUAAGAAUGUGUCUGAUGUAUAGAGGUAUUUAUACACGUUUACAGGUGUAAAAGCAUUUAAUUUCAGUCCAUUAUUUUUUAGCAUCGCAUUUUAUAUCAAUGUUAUAAAAACAUUUAAAAAAUUCUUCUCUUUAACAAUAAAUCCUCGUGAAUACAGAUGGUAAUUCGAAUCGGUAUUACGUGAAAAUUUAUAAUGUUUAAAUGCACAGUAUGUAAAACUAUUUACAAAAUGUGUAAAAAUCUGUUUCGUUUUUCUUUCUCGUUUCUCAUAUGUAUUGUUUACUGUAUAUAUAAGGUUUCAGGAAUAUUAUAUACAGUAGAAGAACAAUGGACAAACAUUCUGGAAAAAUAGCAACGAUUUAUUAAUAAAAUAACGAUUUGAAGCAAUUAUGGACUGCUGUAUAAAUGAAUGUAAGGCUGAAAAGAAGCCUUUGAUCACAGACCAUAUUAAAACUUAUCCUACUUUAAAAAAUAACA